AUGGAGAUUAGAAGUCCGAUGUACGUACGAUCGGGGGUGAAGUUCUCGGAGCAUGUGGUGACGACGAAUAAGUUCGUUCACGAUGAGCCGACGACGACGACGACAGCGGCGUUGGUUAAGCAGAAGGUUGUUAGGAUCACGUUGACGGAUCCCUACGCCACCGAUUCCUCCGGCGACGAUGGUGGAGUGGUGAUGGUGAGGAGAGUGAAGAAACAUGUGUUUGAAAUCAACGUUAACCCGCCAUCUUCGAGUAAUGAAAGCAGAACGAGGCGGCGGCGCGUGAGGCGCACGGGAUCGGUGGAGAAGAAGUACAGAGGUGUGCGACGGCGGCCGUGGGGUCGUUGGGCGGCAGAGAUCCGUGAUCCGAGUCGAAGGAAACGUGUUUGGUUAGGGACAUUCGAUACACCUGAGGAAGCUGCGACGGUGUACGACAACGCCGCCGUGAUGUUGAAAGGUCAUAACGCCGUUACCAACUUCCCUACUGUUUCGGUAACGGAAACCGUCAUCGUGGAAAGUAAAAAUCCGAUGGUGACCACAACCACCGGCGAUGAAGAACCGGUCAACGACGUCGUCUUAUCGCCGACGUCUGUCCUCCCUUUCGACGACAAGUUGCCACCGUUUGAUGGCUUGGGAUACUGUGACGUGGACGCUUUUGGAUUCCAUAUCGACGUGCCGAUUAAUUUUCCUGAAUUUUUCGUGCCGGAGAAAUAUUCCGGCGAGGAGUUCGGCGAUUUUGACAUCGAUGAUUUCCUCGUUGACGUUGGUUGAAAUUAUUAUUAAUUAUUAGAUAUUAACUAUUAAUUAAGAAUGGGUAUAAAUGUAAUUUACGUGACAGAUGGAUGUACGGGUAUAUUGUAUUAUAAUGGGUGAGAGAAUAGCUGAU